UUAGUGUAUCAACAUGAAUGUUUUGCUUUUGUUCUCACCAAUGUUGUGCUUGCUGCUUGCAGUUGCCCAGGAGCUGCCAACUACAGGCCCCAAGAAUCCUUUUUGCGUGCAGCAUCUCUGUCCUAGGGGCAAGCGUCAUGUGGCCUGCGAGAAGCCACCAAUCGACAUCAACAAAUCCUGUAAUAUUCAGCAGAGCCAGCUAGUGAAUUUGACCGACUACUCGAAUAAUAUUCUUAAGGCGCACAACGAGCACCGCCAGCGCUUGGGCAACGGCAAGAAUAUGACUCUGCCACGAGCUGCGCGCUUGGUUGUGAUGCAGUGGAGCGAGGAGUUGGCAUUGAUGGCUAGCUACAAUGUACGCCUGUGUCGGGCUAAGCACGACGACUGCCACAACACGGCUAACUACAAGAACUCUGGUCAAAACAUUAUUGUGUUCAACAUGACGCGUUUGGUGGAAGAUGAGCUGAUGGAAAAGAUGUAUCCGCAGUUAAUCGUCAUCGGCGCUCGCACUUGGUGGUCCGAGCACAACAACAGCAGCAAGAUGAUGACCGCAGCAGAUGUGGAACACAAUCCAUGCUCCGUCAAGAAGCCCAACCAGCAUCAACCCUUUCGUCACUUUGCGGUGAUGGCCGUGGAGAACAACACUCAUGUUGGCUGCGCUGGGCUGCGAUAUGUGUCCAAAGAAAAAACCUACUUCAAGCUGACCUGCAACUAUGCUGAGAACUAUAUGUGCGGCAGGCCGAUCUAUCAUUUCCGUGCCGUGGGCUGUCUGACUGGAUCCAACACACAAUAUAAAGGACUCUGUUCCAAAAAGGAAGUAUUUGCUUAAAUACGGAACUAUUUAAAUAGCCAUAUUUCACACUAUAUAUAACCCCUAAAUACCCCUGUCAAGCCACAAAUAAAAUCCAAUGAUCAUCCGCUUGGUAUGUAUAAUUGUAAAA